AUUGGACGUACUUCCUACUGAUAUCCGGUUAAAUGUCCAGUGAAUGAAUUUCUUUUAAUCAGCUGAUUAUAAUACGAACCUACAACGCAUUUUUCAACUGCCAGACACACACAUAUAUAAUAACAACACUAGCCUUUGUGAAACAUUUCUAACAUCAGAUGACACUGACAUAACAGAAGAAACCUCCUCAAUAUCUACCAUGUUUUAAGGAAUAAAAGAAAAUAUUAUAUGAAACAGAUGUAUAACAUUGUUUCUACAAAUCUGGUAGAAUUCCUGUGAAACGUUUGCUAGACAAAAGUAGCAAUGGACAGAAAUGCAGCAGUAGAAGUAUUUGUGAGUAAUAAAGUAUAAAAACAAAAGCAAGAAGAAUAUAUCAACUGUGAUUUGAGAGGAAAAUAAUGGAAAAGAGUGAGAAGAUUAUAGAAUUGAUUUCCCCUGAACACAUGAUAAAACAGAGGAGAUCAUAUGACUGUGAUAUCUGUACAAAGUCCUUCUCUCAAAAAAGUGACCUAAUUAUACACAAACGUAGUCAUACUGGAGAGAAACCAUAUCAUUGUGAUGUCUGUGGUAAAUCAUUCUCUGACAGUAGUAAUUUAACUGCACACAAACGCACCCAUACAGAAAAGAAACUACAUCAUUGUGAUAUUUGUGGUAAAUCAUUCUCUAACAUUAGUCACUUAACUGCACAUAAGCGUAUUCAUACAGGAGAGAAGCCAUAUCAUUGUAAUAUUUGUGGUAAAUCAUUUUCUAUAAGUAGUCAUGUUACUGCACACAAACGUACUCAUACAGGAGAGAAACCCUAUCAUUGUGAUAUUUGUGGUAAAUCAUUCUCUGGAAACACUGCCUUAACAAAACACAAUCGUAUUCAUACAGGAGAGAGACCAUAUCAUUGUGAUAUCUGUGAUAAAUCAUUCUCUCAAAGUAUUCAUUUAACUACACAUAAACGUAUUCAUACAGGAGAGAAACCAUAUCAUUGUGAUAUCUGUGGUAAAUCAUUCAUUGCAAAUAAUUACUUAACUAGGCACCAACGUAUUCAUACAGGAGAGAAACCAUAUGACUGUGAUGUCUGUGGUAAAUCAUUCUCUUAUAGUUCUGGCUUAACUAAACACAAAAGUAUUCAUACAGGAGAGAAGCUAUAUCACUGUGAUGUCUGUGGUAAAUCAUUCUCUCAAAGAUCUCACUUAACUAGACACAAACAUAUUCAUACAGGAGAGAAACCAUAUCAUUGUGAUAUUUGUGGUAAAUCAUUCACUGAAAAUAGUUACUUAGUUAUACACAAACGUAUUCAUACAGGGGAGAGGCCAUACCACUGUGAUAUCUGUGGUAAAUCUUUCUCUGAAAAUUCUGCCUUAACUAAUCACAAACGUAUUCAUACGGGAGAAGAACCUUAUCAUUGUGAUAUCUGUGGUAAAUCAUUCUCUCGAAGCAGUAAUAUAGCUAGACACAAACGUAUUCAUACAGGAGAGAGGCCAUACGAAUGUGAUAUCUGUGGUAGAUCAUUCAAUGAAAAUCGUGAUUUAACUAGGCACAAACAUAUUCAUUCAAGAGAGAAAUCAUAUAACUGUGAUGUCUGUGGUAAAUCAUUCUCUAACCGUAAUGCCUUGACUUCACACAAGCGUAUUCAUGCAAAGGAAAUGCCAUAUCCCUGUGAUAUCUGUAGUAAAUCAUUUUUUGAAAGGGGUCACUUAAUUGCACACAAGCGUGUUCAUACAGGAGAGAAACCAUAUUGUGAUAUUUGUGGUAAAGCAUUGACUCAUAAUUAUCAGUUGAGUAGGCAUAAACGUAUUCAUACAGGAGAGAAACCAUAUCACUGUGAUGUCUGUGGUAAAUCAUUCUCUCAAAAUAGUGACUUAAUGAAACACAAAUAUAUUCAUACAGAAGAGAAAGGAAAAGGAUAGUUUCUGUAGUUUGUUGUUUGCUAUACAAAGAGGUAUCGAAAAGUACCCAGACACAUUCUGUGGGACAAACUCAUUCGGCUACUAGAAGCCACUUUGUAUGACCCUCGGGCAUCAGUCUACCGACUGGCAUCUUCUGGUCAUGUCAUAUUGCCGCAUGCUGCGUCCUUUGCAUUGAAUUUUGCAAUGGCUGAAAUGAAGGAACAGCAUGCUUCCAUGAAAUUCUGUUUUCUGCUGGAGAAAACGGUGGCCAAAACAGAUGUCAUGCUGCAAACAGUUUACAAGGAAGCUGCUAUGAGCAAAACACAAGUUUACAAGUGGUUUUCACACUUUAGGAAUGGCCACUUGUCGCUUGAAGACCAGCCUCGUUCAGUGUGACUGUCAACCUCCUGAACAAAUGAAAAUUCAGGAACUGGACUUGGAGGACCGUCACUGAACAAUUGAAGAACUUGUUGAUAUGACUGGUGUGUCCUAGCACUCCUGCCAAUGAAUUUUGAGCAAGGGAU